AUGUCAGCAAAGCGUGGUCCCAUAACUUGUCAUAUUCUUGAUUCUUCACGUGGGAAGCCUGCAAAUAAUGUUAAAGUAAAACUUGAAUUCAAAGAGUUUCAAGAUAAAGAAAAUUGGACAAUAAUUGGAGAAACUGAAUCAGAUAAUGAUGGAAGGUGUCAAAAUCUUGUUUCUUCAGAUUACAAAAUUACAUUCAACGGUGAUAAUGAGUCAGCAAUUUAUCGUAUAACAUUUUAUACUUCUGCAUAUUUUCAAGAAUUGGGACAGAUUUCAUUUUAUCCUUAUGUACAACAAAAUCACUUUAUUCUAAAAACUUUUUUGCAACCUCAAUUGACUUUUUCCCAUCUUGGUGUGAGGUUUUUUGGUUCUAUUGAUGUUUGUGACGGAUCUGUAAUACCUUCAGCAAAAAGAAUUCCUUCUAGUGUAUUGUCAUUGGUAGAUGUAGAUUCUAUUCAACCUAUAAGAAAUGACUGUUAUGGAAAGCCUGACCAAUCCGUGUUUAUGAAAGGGCAUAUAAUUGGUAUUAACAGAUCAGAUAUUGAAGAGUGGCUACAAAGAAUUUUCAAUUCUAGCAAUUUUUGUAUGCACAUAUUCAUUUGUGAAGAGGCAUGUAAUUUCUAUGAGUUUACAAAAGGAAAAUGGCAUGAGGGACCAAAUGAUAUGCCAGUAUCAUUUAACGCUGCAACUGAAUAUAGUACCAGUGAUCAAUCAGUAAGAGUAAAAGUUACUUUUCCAACAAUUAUUCCGUUAAUAUUUAAAAUAGGAAAAAAAUAUCAGUUCAAUUGGACAUAUACUGCAAAUUUUGAUCCAGCAUAUGCACCAAAAGCUUUAAAUGUUUAUACUAUAAAAAAUAUUGACGCCGACAAGAGAAUUUUUAAUUUCUCAAUUGGGACAAAUCUUCCGCCUGAGACAACUUCUAUUGUAUGGGAUACAUCCCUACAAACAAAUCCAACACCACCAGCAGGAGCUUAUCUUUUAUAUAUAUGGGAUGAAAGAGGUCCAUCGCCAAUUAAUUCCUCUGUUGGACAACUAGAACCUUUUGUUGGUUCACGUUUUCAGUUGUAUACUCCAAAGCCAAAAGUUAAUUUAGCUGAUUAUACAUGUGCAGUAUGUGAUGGAAAUAGUCCAUUGACAAGAGCACAAGAAAAUAAACCUUAUUUGCCAAUUGCUGUUCUGGGCGGGAUCUUAGUUUUAACGGUGUUGUCUGUCUAUAAUAAGAAAAGAACAGUCGAUGAUUGA